AUGGCGUUGCAUUGGGACCAGACACCAGAGAGGCAGGGUCUCUAUGACCCAACAUAUGAGUCGGAUGCGUGCGGAGUCGGUGCCGUCAUGGACAUGGGCAAGAAACCCUCCCGCAAGACGCUCACGGAUGCCCGAGACAUGGUGGUUCGCAUGACGCACCGCGGCGCCAAGCAAGCGCACGAAGAUGACGGAGACGGCGUGGGGAUCAUGAUCUCUAUCCCGGACGAAUACUACCGAACCUGCUGCACCUUUACCUUGCCUGAAGCUGGCUGCUACGGCGUCGGAAACCUCUUCAUGCCGCCCCAGGAGGAGAAGCGCGAGGAUUCCAAGAAGCUCGUCGAGCGCAUGGCGCGCAAGUUGGGCCUCCAGGUGGGGGGCCGUGCUAUAUUGGGGACCUAA